CUGGUGUGGUAUACAUAUUUGCUUUCAGCCAAUGGGAGUGGAUGAUUCAUAAGGAUGUGAUUGUGUGUAAUUGGUUUGGAGUAGCCCAGGCAAGCAGGCUAGGGCCAACAUGUGUAUUGUGUAGUAAACAGAAAUUCCAUUGCAGCACUACGACUGUAGAUCUUGUGACCUAUCGCGUUUUGGAAUUUAGUGUGGAAAGAAAGGACUUUUUAUAUUAUAAUCAAGUUGCCUAGCGGAGGUAUUUCCCGUUAUCGAUGAAACCACAAUGAUGCCAGAUCAUUUAUACGAUCAUUUAAAAGUGGGACAUGAAAGUUUAAAAAACAGGUCACACAGUCCAACCCAGGGCUCUAAUAUGGAUACUAAGCGGAAAAGACGCCCCCCAGGGUUUUUUGUGCCCAAAACACCGGAACCUCCGCCAAAUCCUACUCCCCCACGUGACCUUGACUCAAAGGCGACCAUCAAGAUUCGCGAUGAGGAGUUUGAGAUCGAGGCCAGUGAUCUUGUAUUGAAGAGGAAUCUUGGUCGUGGAGCUUACGGAGUAGUUGAUGAAAUGAAGCAUGUCAAAAGUAAUACUAUCUUAGCUGUAAAGAGAAUCACUGUCACUGUAAAUAGUAAAGAACAGAAACGUUUACUUAUGGAUUUGGACAUCUCCAUGCGGAGUGGAUCCUGUCCUCACACGGUCACCUUCUAUGGUGCUUUGUUCCGCGAGGGAGAUGUAUGGAUAUGUAUGGAGGUGAUGGAUGCAUCCCUGGAUAAAUUUUACAAAAAGAUUUGUGAGAACGGUGACAAAAUACCAGAGGAUGUAGUAAGAGUCAUAGCCUUCUCAGUUGUACAAGCAUUAGAUUACCUAAAGAAGGAGCUGGGUGUCAUACACCGUGAUGUUAAGCCGUCAAACAUCCUCAUCAACAAAAGAGGACAGGUGAAAAUCUGUGAUUUUGGAAUCAGUGGCUACCUCGUCGAUUCAGUUGCCAAAACGAUGGAUGCCGGUUGCAAGCCAUAUAUGGCACCUGAACGAAUCAACCCAGGAGAGGGACAGACGGCAUACGAUAUCAAAUCUGAUGUAUGGAGUCUUGGUAUAACGUUGAUUGAAUUAGCGACAGGAAAGUUUCCAUACCCCUCGUGGAAGACACCAUUUGAGCAGUUAAAACAGGUUGUACAGGACCCUCCACCAAAUCUUCCUCCAGACGAGUUCUCACCAGAGUUUGACUGCUUUGUCAAAAAAUGCUUGCUAAAGGAUGUGAAAGCUCGUUCCAACUAUGAAGAACUCCUGGCUCAUCCAUUUGUAGCUCAGGAGAAAAUAAUGGACUCCGCGACCCUGGCAGGGUAUGUUCAGGGAAUGUUUGAGAAAUAUGGUGACCCAAAUGAAACGAGCUAAUGACGGGGAAACGUUAGCUAGUAUUGUUGUAUAUGUGUUCCAUUGACACCAGCAUGAACUGUUGUGGACGGAUUUUCACCGGAAAGGUUGAGUCAGUUUUACAUACUAAAUCACAAAAAAUAUUAUGGAAUGUCGAUUUGCUUGCAACACAACAUAGAAAUAGUGUUGCAUGGAGCAAUUUUACCUAAAAUACAUAAGAUACAUAAUCGUGUUGAAAGGAUUCUUCCAUGGUGCCACAAAAAACAAUGUUGUAUGGAGCCGAUUUACCCACAAAACCACAAGAAAUUACAUUGUGUUGAGCCAAUUUACCCACAAAACCACUAAAAACAACAUUGUGUGAAGCCGAUUUACCCACAAAACCACAAAAAACAACAUUGUAAGCAGGCAAUUUACCCACAAAACCACAAGAAACAAGGUUGUGUGGAGCUGCUUUACCCACAAAACCACAAGAAAUGAUGUUGUGGGGUUCUAAUUUACCCACAAAACCACCAAAAACAACAUUGUGGAGCCGAUUUACCCACAAAAAAUAACAUGUGGAGCCGAUUUACCCACAAAAGAAAACAACAUUGUGUCGAGUCGAUUUACCCACAAAAAACAACAUAGUGACGAGUUGAUUUACCCAUAAAAAAUAACGUGUGGAGCCGAUUUACCCAAUCGGCCACAGGGAAUAACAUUGUGUUGAGUCAAUUUAUCCACAAUACACAAGAAAGAAAAUUCUGGGGAAUUGAUUUACCAGGAAUGACACAAAAAAAAAAACAAUAUGGUGGAGAAUUCAUCCACCCAUAACUACCUGAAAUUAAUUUAUUUUGGUAUACGCAUUAACAGACCAACACAGAAAAUAAGAUUCUAUAUUAAAGUGACACAGAUCAUACCUCAACACAAUCUGUGAUGCUACGACAGUUUAUGAUGGUGCCAUGCGAACUGUUGUUUUAAUUAUGUUUGAAAAUUGUCUUGUGAUUUAUGUUACAUAGAUGAAUAUGCCAGCCAUUUAGAAUGUUGUUGUAUUAUAAUAAACAUUAUUUAUGUAAACUAUAUAUAUAUAUAUCAGAAAGCCGUCAUCUCUAAUACCUUGUAUUAAGAUGUCUGUUGGCUGUUUUGUUAAAUUGUAAAUACGUCACAAUAUUGGUACAUUUCAUUCCCUCACAAAAUACAAGUGGAUUUUUACACUGAAAAAGUAUUCAUCCAGGAAAAUUAACUUUUCCUAAUGCAAACCUAUUAGGUUGGGAGAUAAAAAUGUAGAAAACAAGUUUUAAAUAUUUGUCAUCAAUACAUGUACAUAGUUUUGAAAACUGUUUUACUCUCUGUAACAAUAGAAUAAACAAAAUUAGUUUUCAUUGUACUCUCAAGUCAUUGUCACUCACACCAGUAGUCUACAAUAUAGGUCAUUGAUUGACCUUGACCUGACAAUGAGUUAGUGUUGAUCAUGACCUGUCCUCUCCUUCUGUUGACCUCCUCUGUUGACCUUUUCACAGAUGAUAAUAUAAUCAUCCAUUUAAAGUAAACUGCAUGAAUGAUCACUGUUUCAAAUGAAAAUUUUGAAGAAAUUUGUGAAAUGUGUGUGACAUCUGAUUAUGUAACUUCACACAUUCAGAAAGCAAUUUCCUGUUUUUUUAAUUUCUACCUUAAGGGGGCAUUCCUUAGUUUGAAUAAAGUUUAGGUCGUUAAAAUUAAACUUGCUGGAAAAUAUGGAUUUUUUUCCAAGUAGUAAAAGUUAUAAUCUUUAAAUCAAUAAGGCAGUUUUACUAUCAAGAUGCACCAAAGUUCUUGCAGUAUUAAGUCCUGAAAAUUCAAAUUGGACCUGAAGUAUCACUAAUCACCACAAAGACUUACAGUAUUUGUACAUUAUACGCCUUUUUCUUGUUCAUUUCGGCAUUAUUUUCUUGUUCAUUUCGGCGUUAAUUUCAUUACACGAAGGCACAGACACUCAUAUAACCUUCGUUUGGACAAAUAUUUCAUCAAUAGAAAUUGUGCAUGUUUCUGAUGUCCAAACGAAGGAAUGCCCCUUUAAUGAAGCAUCAAAUGUCAAAGAAAUUAAGGAAGGCAUUGACUGCAUAUGAAACUAAAAUUACAUUAUUGAUAUAAGUAAAACAAAUGUUGAACCAUUUUCUUUUUAUAACAUAGGUUUACUAUGAGGCUUAUUUUGUAAACAUAAAGUUGCAUAGCUACCAUUUAACAGACUAGGUCAUUUUUGCCUGUAUUCUCAACUCUUUUUGUUGGAAAAAAAUAAGUAUACAUACAAAUGUAAUUAUUUAUAUCAUGUUGUUAUAUGGUGUCCAUCCAAAUCAUGCAAUAAUCUUGAAGAUUUCAAAUUUUCUGUGAAUUGCCAGAAUAAAGGAAUCACAUUUUAAACGAACUUUGCUCUGUUUGUUUGCCAUUUUACGUCUCCUUAAGUUAAAAGUUUUGCCUAACUGCCUUAAUGUAACAAUUUUCAAUUUUGAAGAGAUAAAAUAAGACACCAAAUUUAUAUGGUGUAAAAUAUUAUUAUUAUUCUCAAGCACCAUAUAAUUUCUUUGAGGAAAAAAAAAUGUUAUGAAAUUCAAAAAUUUUCCUUCAUCUGUUGAUGAAUGAAAAUUGAAUUUUUGUAAUAAUAUGAGCUCAUUGGAGGUUUUAAGUUUAACUUUUUCUCUUAUUAAUUAAGUGGUCAUGAUCACUUUCAUUGACCACUGAUUGGUCACAUUGUAAUUACUGUACACGUCCAUUAUUUACUGAAUGUUAAAAUUUUGAUUAAUAUGAAAAGAGUCUGCAUUGUGACAACAAUACUACUAAUUAAAAGUAUUGCAAGUCUGCAUUGUGACAACAAUACUACUAAUUAAAAGUAUUGCAAGUCUGCAUUGUGACAACAAUACGACUAAUUAAAAGUAUUGCAAGUCUGCAUUGUGACAACAAUACGACUAAUUUAAAGUAUAGCACCACAUAUUUAUGACAAGAUACUAUCAAUCUGUGAGCUGGUUUUGUUAAAUAAAGCUGGUUUUCCAGGAGAUAAAAUUAAAUCACCAGAAAUUUUUACUCCAUUUACAGUCACUCAACACCAAUGAAAUCAGUUACUAACGACCAAUGAACUUGUCUCGAACAAUUUGUAACAUAAUUACCGGUAUCCAUUAUUUUGUUUUUUUUUAUCGUCAAUGAAAUAUAUUUAUAUUAAAUUAUUAAUAUUCAGUAAUUAUUGCCUAUAAUUGCUGUAUGCAAGAUGCAUCUACCAUGAUUUCUAAAAUCUAAUACAAUAUGCUAUGUUAGAUCUAAUAAACACAUCCAUUUAUUAAAAAACAUAUACCGAUAUUACCGUAUCCUUUUCUUGAUUCUGCACAUUUUUCGGAGUUAUUUUAAAAAGAAUUUAAAAAGUUUUGUAUUCCAAUUUUCGAAUGUUGCUAUAAUCAAUGGCUAUGGUGCUUAUUAGAUCAAAUAUGAAAGUCAUCGUUUAUCAGUUGAUUUGAAUAAUCCAGGGCUUUAUAAAAAAUGUGAUAUUUUCUGUUUAUCAAUAUUAAAUUAAUGUCUUUAGAAACUGCUACUAAUUAGUGAAACCUGCCUAAUCUGAUAUUCCUUUGGAAUAUUUUGGUCAGAUUAGACAAGGUGUCAGAAUGCAGGUUUAAUUUUGCAAGUAUCAUUUAGAAAACGUGAUUACGACAUAUGGAUGUCAGAUUAGACAGGUAUUAUGAUUUAUAUUUGAAGAAGCGAGAAAUUAAUGUACAAUGUAUAUUUAUUUUUUUUAGAAAUCUGAAAAAUUCUGCAGUUUUUCAGAAAGAAUGCUUUGCUGAAUGACAGAUAUUUUAAUGGACUACUUUUAAAAUUACAAUAUGUAUGUAUGUAUUUGAUUAAUCAGUUAUUUUAAACAAAAUUGUGUUUUUUUUAAAUGGCUGAAUUUUAAAUGCAUGUUGAAUACAAACAUUUUUCAAUUUGUCCAAAUAUAAUGGGUAUGCUGGGGUUGAUGAAUUUCAACAUUGUUUUUACAUUGCAUGAUGUUGACAUAAUUGAACGGCCAAGCUAGAUGCAGUUUGUCUACCGAGUAUACAAAGUAUUUAAACAGGUAUACAAGAAAAAGAGGUUUGAUUGGCCGAGUUAGGCACAUAUUGUAUUGUAAAAACCUUUCAAUACAUGUAUUAUUUUUUUGUCAAUAUAUCUCGUAUAAAUUAUAUAGGGUCUUUAAUCAAAAGUAGGUUUCAUUUCUUAGGAGAUCCCAUGUACCAAGCCUAGAAAAUUUAAAAAAAUUGUGAGACUUCUUGGAAUGGACAAGUUUAAGACACUUUUUAUCAUAGAACUAAGAAAACUUCACAUUUUGAUUGGAUUCAGUCAAAAUGUGGAAGAUAAAAUCCAAUGAAUUGUCAAUGUUAUGUCUAUAUAAUAUCGUCGGAAGUUAAUACAGCUCCUUGUUUUGGUCGUUAUGUAAAAUGAUACAGAUUUCCACUUGAUUUUAGGAAUCUUAUCCGAGUUAAUCAAGCAAUAAAAUCAUCAUGAUAUCGCAGUAAAAAUUCAGGUGGGACAUUUUCCUGAGGUAUUCCAUCAAAUAUUUUUAAUUUAUUUUUUAAAAUCAAUCCUUAAUCAUGUAAAACAUUAAUGUACUAAGACGUUGUAUAAAUCACUGCAUAUGUUGUAUGAUUGUAAUUUUAAUUUAAUAUUUGAAUAUUAAGAACUAUUUAAUAUCGGUAUUUAAAUUAUGACUUUUUUUUUUCUUCUUUUUUUUUCAAUUGUACAUAUUUAUUUACAUAUUUUUUUUCUAGACCAAAUCUGUUUAACUUUGGCAAGUGUAAAAAGUGUAGAUCUUCAAAAAAGAGUAAGUCACUAGUCGAAACUGAAGAGUGUAUGCUUAAAUUAUUUCAAAUCUUUGGAUCCACAUACAAUAUUUAACAAAAGAGUUCCACAUCAAGAAAAUAUAUGGACUAGCAACAAAGAGGGAGAAACUCUUUCAUGAAUUGGUUAUUAUAUAAGGUGGCAUGCAUCCUUAAAAUUAUAGGUUUAUAAGUCCCCAACCGGUGAAUAUACAUGUAUAGGUUUCCUGUCCGUUAGCCUGGUACGUAAUACCAAAUUUUGUCAGUCACGCUCUAGCGGCUUCAUUUCUCAAAGGAUUUUGAUUUUGAUCAAACUUCACAAAAUGAUAAAGGACCAUAAUACAGUAUUUUAUGGGAGACUUUUCCUGAAUCACAGGUAAAAAAAGAUAGCUGUUAGUAAAACUUAAAUCUUCGGGGUGGGGGGGGGGGGGGGGAAGGAUUUUUAAUUAGGAUCACGUCUCUUGUAUAAUUUUAUAAUUUAUAUGAUGAUAUCAAAGUGUGAGAAGAACCUAAAGAUAUCCAUAUCGUCAUAUCAUCAUGCACAUAUAUAUUUAAUAUAGUAGAUAUACAAUUCAAAUAUUUAUGAAGGAUUAACUUGGGAUUUUUUUUUUUUUUUUAUCUCUUACUCCAUAUCUGAUGAGGAAAAGAAAAAUUACUGGUAACAAGAAGAAAAAAAA